GGGGAACACCCAUCUCCAUCCCAAAUUCCGGGCACUUUCUUCCUUCUCAUUGCCUGAGCUGUGAUCAUGGAGUCUCACAAACCCCUCAUCUUCCUGCUGUCUCUUCUGCUCAGACAAGGUUUGGUGGUCUCCUUUAAUAUCGAUGCUCGGAGGCCGCAGGUUUUCCGGGGUCCUGAUGACACUCAGUUCGGAUAUAAAGUUCUUCAGCAUGAAGUGGACGGCGAGAAGUGGAUCCUGGUGGGGGCGCCGUGGGCCGGGUCCGAUGGUAACCGUCAGGGGGAUGUAUAUAAAUGCACUGUCGGACCCCAUAGCAAUUCUUCUUGCACCAGGAUCAACUUGGGUGAUCUCGCUCUCCGGAAUGUCUCCAAAAAGACGAAUAACAUGCACUUCGGGAUGUCGCUGACCCAGGACACACAGGGCGGCUUUGUGGCCUGCGCUCCGCUCUGGUCCCAAGAAUGUGGGACCUCCAUGUACAGCACUGGGAUCUGCGCCAACGUCGAUAAGUCCUUCAGACCCUCGGGGACCAUCGCACCCACAGCGCAGAGAUGCUCCACGUACCUGGACAUCGUCAUCCUGCUGGACGGGUCAAACAGCAUCUACCCCUGGUACGAGGUGCAGAAUUUCCUCAGCAACAUUCUCAGCAAGUUUUUCAUUGGCCCCGACCAGAUCCAGGUAGGCGUCCUUCAGUAUGGAGAGAUCGCAGUCCAUGAAUGGUCCCUGAAGGACUAUACUACCGCUAAAGAGGUGGUGGAGGCUGCUAAGAACAUCAGUCGCCAAGAAGGACGAGAGACCCGGACAGCAUUUGCCAUCCACAAGGCCUGUUCUGAAGCUUUCAGCCCUGAGAGGGGUGGCAGGGAAGACGCCACUAGACUUCUUAUUGUGGUAACAGAUGGCGAGUCACAUGACGGGGAUGAGCUGCCUCUCGCCUUGGCGGAAUGUGAGAAACGGGACAUCACCCGUUACGCCAUUGCUGUGCUGGGUAACUAUAUGAGGAGACAGCAGGACCCGGACUCCUUCAUCAAUGAGAUUAAAUACAUCGCCAGCGAUCCAGAUGACAAAUACUUCUUUAACGUCACUGAUGAAGCAGCGCUGAACGACAUUGUGGACGCUUUAGGAGACAGAAUCUUCAGUUUAGAAGCGACGCAUGAGUUGAACGAAAGCUCUUUUGAACUGGAGAUGUCACAAGUCGGAUUCUCCAUUCACAUCCUGGAGGACGGUAUCCUGUUUGGCACCGUGGGUGCAUAUGACUGGGACGGAGCAGUUCUGAAGGAGAGCCGGAAUAGUCGGAUUAUGCCACCGCGGUCGGCCUUCGAGAAGGAGUUUCCGGUGAAGAUGAAGAAACAUGCUGCCUACUUGGGUUACACCGUAUCCUCUUUAACGCUGCGCAGCGGCAAGACUAUGUAUAUAGCCGGAGCCCCCAGAUUCAAACACAAGGGGAAGGUCAUUCUGUUUGAGAUGUCCAGGAAAGGCAAUGUCACCAUCUCUCAGGCUUUGGUGGGGGAACAGAUUGGUUCCUAUUUUGGCAGUGAAGUGUGCCCGCUGGAUGUCAAUGGAGAUGGUGUCACUGAUGUCUUACUGGUGGCUGCCCCAAUGUUCCUUGGACACCACAAUAAAGAAACGGGACGUGUUUAUAUCUACCGGGUGGGGCAGCUCCUGUUAAACCUGAAUGGCACAUUGCACUCUGACCGCAAAGUCCAAGACUCCCGUUUCGGCUACGCCAUGUCAGGGUCUCCCGAUCUGAACCACGAUGGCUUCAACGAUGUAGUGGUUGGAGCACCACUAGAGGAUAACCAUCGCGGGGCUGUAUACAUCUACCAUGGGUACCGCAAUACCGUCAUACCAUCUUACAAGCAGAGAAUAGACUCGGCCUCUUUUCAUCACGGCCUCACUUACUUUGGUCGCAGCGUGAGCGCUCAGAUGGACCUGGAUGGCGAUGGGCUGGGUGACCUAACUGUCGGCAGCCAAGGAGCAGUCGUUGUGUUGAGGUCUCGAAGCAUUGUUCGUGUUAACGCCACCUUGCUGAUAAACCCAACCUCCAUCAACCUGCUCCAGAAAAAUUGCUUGAGACAAGGCAAGGAGUCCGUCUGCCUGAACAUCACCAUCUGCUUCUCUGUCAACUCCAAAUCCCCCAGCAAAUGGGACAGUCGUUUCGGACUCCAUUACAACCUGUCCCUUGAUGAUAAGAAGCUUACUCCCCGCGCUGUGUUUGAUGAGAACCUCCAAAAACUCCUCAGCAAACGUGUUCGAGUGACCACGGGCAAAGUGACUUGUAUGAACCUCGGAUUCCACGUCAUUGAUACCGCUGACUAUCUGAGACCCAUUGGCGUCCACCUGCGCUUUAACCUAAGCGACACAGAGUCCAGUCCUGUGCUUGACGACCGCUGUCCUACUUCUAUGAAGAGACUGGUUCCUUUCUUCAAGGACUGUGGUGAGGACAAUGAGUGUAUAACGGAUUUGUCCCUCCGAGCUCAUAUGGACAUCAAUGGCACCAGGGAUCAACCAACCAUAAUCCGGAGGGAGCGGAAGAAGGUGUCAGUGGAGACUGAGCUUGAGAACCGCGGGGAAAACUCCUACAACACCAGCGUGAAGGUCUGGUUCUCCAAAAACCUCCUGUUCUCCAGCAUAUACAGCAAAGGAGAUGCACAAAGUAAGGUGGAGUGCACGACGCUGUCCCCCAGCACCCGCUCCUGCAGCAUCAGUUACCCCGUCCUCAGAUCCAUGGCAAAGGUGGCGUUCGUCCUGGAGUUUGAGUACAGCUGUACCAGUCUCUUAAACAGAGUGCAGAUUAGGCUCACGGCCAGUAGUGACAACACUGAACUAGACGAGACUCUUCAUGACAACGGUGCCCAGCUCAGCGCCCACAUCCGAUACGAACCCGAGCUCUUCAUUCAGAGAGAGUCCAGCCUCAACCGCUAUGAGGUACAACCUGUCCUGCUGUCCACCCAGGAGCCCGGCCCAGAGUUCAUAACGAAAUUCAAGGUGCAGUAUGUGGACUGUUACCCCAUGUACAAUGUGUCGGUUCACAUCCACACGCCGGCCAUGGGCUACGGGGGCCUCUACUUCAUGUCGGUGUCCAGGAUAUUAUCAGCUGAUGAUGUGAUCUGCAUGUUAUCUAAUAUGACCAGAUCCAGGACCGCCAUGGUGCCAUUCCACCCCGAAGACCUGAGCCACACCAGUAUAUUGAACUGCAGUAACAGCUGGUGCGAGACCAUCACCUGCCGCAUCCCGACCCUGCAGAAGAACGCGGAGCUCUCCCUGUCCAUCCUGAGGAUCAUCCACAACCACUUCUUCACCAACUCCAAGUUUCGAUCGGUCAAAGUAGUCAGCGAGUUCAUCCUGGACGUAAAAGAAGAUGGCGCCCUGUUUACCGACAGUGCAAAACACAGGACAGAGAGCGUCUUGGAAUUGCUGCAGCCCGUCCUCCUGCCGCUGUCCCUGUGGAUCCUCAUUGGAAGUGUCAUCGGGGGUCUCCUGCUUCUGGCGCUCAUCAUCUUCAUCCUAUGGAAGUUGGGAUUUUUCUCCCGGAAGAUGCAGGGAGAGGAGAAGGAAGAAGCUGCCAAGGAAGAGCAGUGAUCUGCAGCCCCCCACAUCCUGCUGUCAGAGACCCCCAUAUCUGCCGCUCUGGUGAUUAGGAGGCUGGUUGAUGAUGAUCCAGCCCUGAGGACUCAACGCAACCCUGAGCCCCCCCUCCCCCCAAACUAUAAUCACAAAGAAGCGGCAACGAGGACGACGCGGCCCCAGACACUGUAUGAACACUGACGUGACUGGAGAUGGGGUCUGCAGACCAUUGAAGCCUUCUCAGGAAUACAGGGUACCAUGGGGGAGGGGCAUUUUAUAUGGAGGGUAGGUGCGCGGCGCCUCCCGGUGACUGCAGUCAGCACACCGCACAUAUCAUGGAGUAUUAUAUGUAAUGAACCUUCAUAUUUUAUAUUCUUUUUCUACACUGAAAAGAUAAAAGGUAAAGAAUCUGUUCCUACCUGGAAACCAUCAGCAAACCGGCCAGUGGCCAUUGUCAUGUCGGACCAGUCCCCAUGAACGGAACUGGGAAAGAAGAGCUUGACAAAUUCAGAUCUGGUAAUGGCGGACAGGCAACUUGCUGAUGGUUUCUGUACAAGAAUGGACUGGAAGAUAAGGAAAACGUGUAAUAAAAU